GGACACUAAACUUGUAGCUCCUUUCAAUGGAUACUAUCCACCAUCCACAACGAGGUUUUAUCCCUGGUUCUGUCUAGGAAGUCUACCUAUGGCAGGGCGGUCGCCUCGACCACCAAAGGUCCCUAUUCAUACAUCUAUCUCAAUUUGCUUGAUGGCGCAUACCCGUCUAACCCUAGAAUACCAUACCCAGCAUAGAAGCAUAAAGUAGGCUAAUAGAGAAGAUUAUGGAGACUUACCCAAGCACAAUCAAUGAUAGAAUAGCAAUAGAAUCAAUUAGAUAAACACAUUCAUUCAUUCAAAUCCUAAAAUAUCCAUACAUACAUAGUAAACCCUAAAAUAGGGUUUGGGGUUUAAAGCCCCUAUUACCUUAGAGGACUACUCCACAAAAGGAGAGAAAAAGAUACAUAGAAGAGAUGAAAAAAGACUUGAUGUUGAGGAAUAUGCCUCCUUUCUUCUAGCUCCUUCCCCUUCUUCUCCUCUUCUCCUUCCUUUAGAUUCUCUCUCUUUUCUCUCUCUAAAACCAGGAAAUCUUCUCUCAAAAUAAGUUCCCUUGAAAGGGGGAAAUGAGUCUUCUAUUUAUAAGCAAUCAGAGGAUGGAGAAGUUCGCGGCCGGCAAUGCAGAGAUCGCGAGCGAGGCUCUGCAGCCGCGACCACGAUCUUCUUCACGGUCAAAAUAUGUUAUGGCCAUGAUUCGACUGGGGAAACUUUCUAUUUUUUCCCGGCUCCUUCUUCGCGAAGUUCGCGCCCUGAGCCCUCCAAUUCGCGGUCGUGAUCUACGUCUUCCAGGCCACGAUCUUCAGCUUGACUUCGCGGUCCAUGAUCUCGGCCGUGAUCUUUUCUUGUAGGCCACAAUAUUCACGCUUCUGCCCCCUUGUUACACUUGUGACUUUUUUGGUACCUAAUUCUCAAUUAUCGUCUAACACACCCUAAAAUCACAUCGAAAUCAAAUAGGAACAACAUACAGAUGUGAUUGAUGAUGCUCAAGCUAUUAUGCAGAUGAAUUGGCACAAAACAAACAUCAAUAUGAAGGGUAAAUAACACCAAUUUAGGUGUUAUCAACACUACAUUCUAAUAAUGGAUUAAUUGAAAA